AUGCCUACAACAAUGAAAGAAAGGGGCAAAAUCAGGGCCAACGUACGCAGCUCAGGCGUGCCCCAGAAAGACAGCAAAACGACGCGAACUCAGGGAAAACAUAUUCCUAAGAGACAUGUUGGAUCUAAAGAAAAUGACAGAAGGACACCCCUGAUUCAUACAAAUGUGCCAGUAAGUCUUCCAGAAUGGAUGACCAAAGGCGAAAAGAACAAGACGACAGUUUAUGUUCAUCAUGGAAGACCAGAAGGGAAAAAGAAGCCAUCCAACAUCAAAUGUUACCCGGCAGCUAUCAGUCCAACGACAUCCCCAACAAGAUUCAUGGAGGCUGCAUAUGCUGGUGCAAAAUUCAAUGAUCCACCAUCACCAAAGGUUCUACCCAAGCCUCCACAGCAUUGGAUGACUUUUGAAGGUGUUGGCCCAGCAAGGAAAUGGAUAAUUGGAGAAGGUGCUUAG